UGUUUAAUGACAGUUUUAUGAAUGUUAUUUUGACGCGCUUUUAAGGUCAGAGGUCAAACCACACGGAUGACGUCAUGCGCUAAAGAUGGCAGACGGAGAAGGAGGAUGGUGGGGAGGCUGGCUAACACAGAGCUUCCAGGCCGUCAAAGAUAAGUCAGCUGAAGCAUAUGAAUUCAUCAAACGGGACCUGACCGAAUUCAGCAACGUGGUCCAACAUGACACAGCAUGCUCCAUUGUUGCAACGGCGACUGUGGUUAAGAACAAAUUGGCAGUUGAAGGUUCAUCGGAGGCCACGGAUAAAGUAAAGAAAGGUAUUUCUAAUAUUCUGGGCGUGAUCACAGACACUUUGGCCCCUCCCCCAGACAAGACCAUUGACUGUGAUGUCAUCACGCUGGUAGCCACACCCACAGGCACAACAGAGGUGUAUGACAGCAACAAGGCUCGACUCUACAGUCUUCAGACAGAUCCUGCUACAUACUGCAAUGAACCUGAUGGCCCUCCACAACAGUUUGAUGCCUGGCUGUCCAGUUUCAGUUUGGAAGAGAGAAAAACAGAAAUUUCUGAAUUGCUGGUCAAUAGCCCUGCCAUUAGAGCACUCUACACUAAAAUGGUACCUGUAGCAGUUUCCCACUCAGAGUUCUGGCAGCGAUACUUCUAUAAAGUUUUCCAGUUGGAGCAGGAGGAGGCCAGGAGAGUGGCAUUGAAGCAGAGGGCAGAACAGACGGCUCACUCUGAGAGUCUGGGAUGGGAGGAAGAGGAUGAAGAAGGUGAGUUUCUCGGGGCAACAUCUCCAUCUCGCUUAGACUUCACCCCACCUGUUGAGGAGGCACGCGUCCCUGCGGUAUCGAUAGAAUCCACCCCUGAAAGCUCCUCCCCCUCUCAGGUGGUGGUCUCCCCAAGCAUCGUAACAUCGGACGUGACUCCCUCCGUGAGCAGCGAGAGCAUCAGUUUCCCUACCCAGAUUGAGAACCAACUAGAUCCUGUCACCAUCAGAGUGACCCAAACGCCAGCUGCUGAGGAGCAGGUGUCUCUUAAACUCUCAGAGGCCAGUCUGCAGGACACGGUCCCAGAGGAGGGACCCACACAGCGUGAAGAGACCACCAAAGAGGACGCACCUCAAGACCUUCGAGUGUUUGAGCUCAAUUCGGACAGCGGCAAAUCCACACCCUCCAAUAACGGCAAAAAAGGUUCGAGUACAGAUGUGAGUGAAGACUGGGAGAAGGAUUUUGAUCUGGAUAUGACCGAAGAGGAAGUUCAGCUGGCUUUAUCUAAAGUAGACGUAACAGAAGAGAUGGAGGAAGAGGACUGGGAGAACUGGGAAUGAGAAUCUGCUGAUGGGAAUUUCAGGCCGCAAGACCUUGCUGUUCACCAGCUGAACCAUGCUUAUCUAUUUAACUAUAAGUGUACGGCCAGACCUGCUCAUUCAGCAAGCGGGUCAAAACCUGCAAAUGACAUUCACAUUCAAACUAAACACAUGUCUACCGAGGUGAUCUGUUCUGGCUAGGUAAAACACUAAGACUGAUCAGAGAAAGCAAGUAUUGGUAAAUGAGGAGAGGUCAUUUUUAUCUGCCGUAUCUAACGUUAUUCUUGGGAGAAAUGGAAACUAUCGACCAGGGUUCCUGAUUAGCUGUAUUAUAUUAAGUUGGUCAUCAUUCUUAUAGAAUUAGAAAAUCCUUCACAUGAUAAUAUAUGUAAGUUAUGUUUUGUUUUUGGCUUCUUUUUCAGAUCUUGGUCCUCCUUACGUACUAACACAAUCAUAUGCAAAUUAUUCUAGCAUUGAAAAUGGAGUUACGCCUCUCAUUUAUCAUUUAGCUGGUCAUUAAGUGUUGUGUGAAAAAACAGGUAUGCAAAAGAAAAAAGAAAGUUUAUUUCACGAAACACAACCUGUCGCUUCUCGUGAUGUGCACUUUAUUUUAUCUGUCCUUGUCAUCUUGUCUUCUCUCUGUAUGCUUGUCAUGUUACUGCUCAAAUUCUGAAAUUACACAGAAAUAUAUUCAUUCUCAGAAUUUCACAUAGAUGGUCAUGGGUUCAAAUAGCAUGACAGUACUUUAUUUAAGGUAUUUCUAUUUAUAAUGUUUUUGAGUUAACUCGCUAUUCUUUAUGUUUAAAUUGUUUGCCAAUCUGUCAUAAAAGAGGGUUUGAUUCAUUUUUUUAUUUUUUAUUGAACAACUACUCUGCUUUUGGUAAAUCCAGCUCGCACAUUAAGAUAUUGUUAGCUGACAAAAAUAUACAGAAUCUUCGACACAAGUAAUGCUGCAUGUCUGAAGUGCUUCUUUAGCCCUUUUUUGAUUUAUAAUCUGUUGACAAUGUCAUCAAGCUUGUUAAUAUUUUUACAACUAUAUUGUCUUCUAUUUUUCCAAUGAGCAUCACCAUUAAAAGCAAUAUAAUGCU